AUGAACCUGGCUAGGCCAAGAACGCUGGGGGCAAGCCCCGGCAGCAGACAGCUCCUGGAGGUGGAAUGCGACCUUUCCUCCGUGGCAUGGCGCUGCCAGGCCCAUCCGGGCCGCGGCUACCCCUCAACCGGUCCCUCCGCUCAGCUGCUGCUUUGGAUCUGCGUGGACAGGAAAGGCAGAGCCCGCAGGUCCCUGAACAAACCAGAAAAACAGCCCGGCUCUCUGCUCGGCUCCCGUGCCCACGGCAGCCGUGCCGCCCCGCCCCGCCCGCCGCCCGAGGUCUGCCCCGCCGGGCAGGCGGGGGGCGGAGUGUGCGCCCGCUGGGAGGCCGCUUUGGACUCUGCACCCUUACGUGCAUGCGCCCUAUUUCUCGCGGGUUGCUCAGCCCUGCCCUGCCUGCUCAUGGAAGGCGCCGGAUCUCCCUUGACCCGGGAAGAGCUGGAGCUCUCGGUGCUCGGGGCGCAGCCGGACGAGCAGAAGCCUCUCUACGGAACCAUCCAGGUCAUCCCUCUGUCGGUCGAGGAGCCUCGCGAAGCCCAGCCAGCUCUCCCCGCAUCGCAGACGCCGAGCGCUGGUGGUGCGCGCAGGGCUCUUCUGAACCGAGCCGACGCGGGCGUGCGCACCAGCCGAAGCCAGCCGGAGUUCCCGCCACCCCUCUGGGCUCUCCUACCGCCGUGGAACUUGAGAAUUCCUACCCUGGAGGCUGACAAGGAGAACCUGUGGAGCUCCUGUAAUAAGACAUUGAUUGGAAAGUGCAAACUGUGGAUGGUCAUUGCCUCUGUUUUCCUAGGUCUCAUUGUAGUGAUCAUCAUAAGCUUAUGUCUUAUUGGAGCAACUUACAUCGAUGAAGAUGAAAACGAAAUACUUGAAUUAUCAUCAAAUAAAACAUUCUUGGUCAUGCUAAAGGUUCCAGAGGACUGUGUUACUGAAGGAGAGUUGCCUGAGCAGCUCAGGAAUAGGCUCACAGCUGUGUACAGCUCAUCCCCAUCUCUGAGUCGUUAUUUUACGUCAGUGGAAAUCACGGACUUCAGCGGUGAAAACACCACAGUCGCCUACCACCUGCAAUUUGGGGUUCCUUCCGAAGAUGACAGUUUUAUGAAGUAUAUGAUGAGUAAGGAGUUGGUGCUCGGCAUUUUACUACAAGAUCUCCACGAUCAGAGAGUGUCCGGUUGCGAGACUUUGGGGCUUGAUCCAACAUCCCUCUUGCUCCACGGUCACCCGCAGUUGAAGGCCCGUAUCCCGCUUUGCAGUAUCAUUGGUAAGCUUCAUGAAAAUGCUGCGGUUUCACAAGAGACGUGUUGA